AUGGGGAAGAAGAAGCAGCGCCUGACAACAGACGCAGACGCCGCACCGGAGCUAGACCCAAUCACCGGAAACAAUGACAAAUCUCACAGUAAGAAGAAGCUCAAGAAGCAUAAGAAGAUCAAAACAAACGAGAUACCCACUGUCAGCAUAGCCGUUCCCGCUUCCAUCAUUGACAACGUUCCAACCCUAGAACUCGCCACUCGGUUGGCUAGUCAAAUCGCUCGCGCCGCAACUAUUUUUCGAAUCAAUGAGGUGGUUGUGUUUGAUAAUAGAAGUAAUACGGAUAAAGAUUAUACAGUGGCAGAGAAUUCAGAUGAUGAAAGUAGUUCGGCUUUUCUUAUGCGAAUUUUGCAGUAUCUUGAGACACCUCAAUAUCUGAGGAAGGCGCUUUUCCCAAUGCAUAACAGCUUAAGAUUUGUGGGAAUGUUGCCACCCCUUGAUGCUCCACACCAUUUGCGCAAACACGAGUGGGGUCCGUAUCGGGAAGGUGUCACAAUAAAAGGACAUUCAAACUCUGGCACAACACUAGUUGAUGUUGGCUUAUUUAAGCAUGUUGCAGUUGACCAAAUACUUGAACCGGGAAGAAGAGUUACCGUGGCCAUGGGUGCCAACCGCAAUUUGGAUUCUGAUUUACCACGCGAGGUUGUCUCAUCAUCCAAGCCUAGGGAAGAAGGAGCAUAUUGGGGAUAUCAAGUGCGUUAUGCUCACAAUAUUAGCGCAGUAUUUAAUGAAUGUACAUACAAGGGUGGCUAUGAUUGUAUAGUCGGUACCUCUGAGCAUGGUCAGAUUAUCAAGUCAUCUGAACUUAAAUUACCUUCCUUCAGACAUUUAUUGAUUUCCUUUGGUGGAUUGGCUGGGUUAGAAGAGAGUAUUGAGGAAGAUGAUAACUUCAAGGGAAAAAAUGCAAAGGAAGUAUUCAGUUUAUAUUUAAACACGUGUCCAAAUCAGGGGAGCCGAACAAUUCGAACAGAGGAGGCUAUUCUUAUAUCUCUUCAGUACUUCCAAGAACCGAUAAGCCGAGCAAUGCUGCGUUGA